AUGGACGCCGUGCGCGACGACGACCGAAACCUCGUGACCGAGACGCUGCACCGCGGCGAGAGCGUGACGCAGACGAACGCGUACCUGCGCACGCCGCUCCACAAGGCGGCGUACUACAGCGGCGAUCGCGACGUCGUCGCGUCGCUGAUCGACCGCGGCGCGGACGUGAACGCGCGAGACAAGGGCGACUGGACGCCGCUGCACCUCGCGACGAGGAACGCGCACCUCGGCGCGAUGCGAGCGCUGUUGGACGCGGGCGCGGAGAUUCAACGCGUCGACGCCAAGCACGGAUGGACGCCGUUGCACGUGGCGUGCGUGGCGGGGCACGAGGACGCGGCGAGGAUGCUCGUGGAGGCGGGCGCGGACGUCACGGUGAGGGAUAAGUCGACGGCGAGCGCGAUCGACUUGAUGCGCGAGAGCGGGAUGGACCCGGGGAGGGCGGGGGUGAGCGACGAGGCCGCGAAGCCGCGGGCGCGGACGACAGACGGCGGAGGGUAG